CCGGAGGGAUUAACACGGACGGAUGUUCCUUCUGGAGUUGGAUGUGAUUUGAUUCAAAAAGAAACUACUACUACUAAAAUAAUACAGCUAGUAGCACUUUCUUUUUGGAGAAGAUCCACAGAAGAAGGUGGAUGGUUGAGGGCCGCUUUUGGAACAGUCAUAAUCUUCCUUAUUCCUUAG